GGAGGAGGAAGAGGACAGGUCUCCACAUCUCCAGACAGUCCGACCAAGACACCGAAGCCGACUUUACGCUUAGGGGAGGGCUGCCCCGCCGGCGCGUGCUUGUCUGCUGAAGGCUCUAACUUACUUUGACAGCCUCGUGUUAAUUGGUGACGUGCUGUAAGGAAUUCUGGAAGAGAUAAAGGCAAACUUGCCGUCGUCCUUCCAUCCGGACGUUGCGCAGUUUUUCAUUUAGCAGAGAGAAAUUUACCAACUUAUCGCGCAUCUGCCCUUCGUUAAAUACUUCAAAGGGGGGGAGCAUCAUUGUAGGUUCCCUUCUCUUAGACGCAGAUAGUUAAAGUAAAUGAGUGAAACUGAGUAACAGCGAUCGGGUAUCUGAGUAUAUGAGCGUUUCGAUCACGUUUAGAGAAAGUCUGAGUGGUCUGGAUCAGGCUGAAAGCAUGGUCCAAUAAUUUGGAAGACGGGGGGAGAAGGCAGGAGACACAGAAAGUAAGAAACAGAACAGGACAGAAAAAAAAGACUUUCGGGACACUUCGAAGUGUGUUUGCCUCACACAUCCAGGUGUCCCGCCGAGCGGUGCGCGGUCUCCAGCUCGGGCCGGGAGCGCUGACAUGCUGCCCAAAGUCGAGACUGAAUCUUUGGGACUCACUCGAUCGUAUGGGGAACAGGGGCACAUGCCAAGGAACUUGCAAGCCCCCCAGUUAAAAAUGAUGGACUACUCCUAUGACGAAGACCUGGACGAGAUGUGUCCCGUGUGCGGGGACAAGGUUUCCGGGUAUCACUAUGGACUCCUGACCUGCGAAAGCUGCAAGGGCUUCUUCAAGCGCACCGUCCAGAACAACAAGCGCUACACGUGUAUAGAGAACCAGAGCUGCCAGAUUGACAAAACCCAGAGAAAGCGCUGUCCGUACUGCCGCUUCCAAAAGUGCCUCACGGUCGGCAUGAAGCUAGAAGCUGUGCGAGCAGACCGCAUGCGUGGCGGUCGUAACAAGUUUGGCCCAAUGUACAAACGUGACCGUGCCCUGAAGCAGCAAAAGAAGGCGCUGAUCCGAGCAAAUGGCCUUAAGAUUGAGGCCAUGAGCCAGGUGAUGCAAGCUGUACCCACUGACCUCACUAUCUCCUCAGCCAUUCAGAACAUCCACUCGGCUGCAUCCAAAGGCCUUCCACUGAGCCACCAUGCUGGUCACCACGCCAGUCACCACCACCACCACCAUCAUCACCAUCACGCCACAGCUUUGCCUCCUACAGACUACGAUCGUAGCCCUUUUGUUACUUCUCCUGUCAGUAUGGCGAUGCCGCCACACGCGGGCAGCCUGCAGGGCUACCAGGCGGCCUACGGACACUUCCAGGGCACACGCACCAUCAAGUCUGAGUAUCCAGACCCAUACACCAGCUCUCCAGAGUCCAUCAUGGGCUACGCUUACGUUGAUGCCUACCAGUCAGGCUCUCCAACCACCUUCCCCCAUCUGAUAGUAGAGCUACUAAAAUGUGAACCCGAUGAACCACAGGUUCAGGCAAAGAUCCUGGCCUAUCUACAGCAGGAGCAGGCCAGCCGAGGCAAGCACGAGAAGCUCAACACAUUUGGGCUGAUGUGCAAGAUGGCCGACCAAACACUCUUCUCUAUUGUGGAGUGGGCCCGCAGCAGCAUUUUCUUUCGUGAACUUAAGGUGGAUGACCAGAUGAAGCUGCUGCAGAACUGCUGGAGUGAACUCCUCAUCCUCGACCAUGUUUUCCGUCAAGUGGUACAUGCAAAGGAGGGCUCAAUCCUGUUGGUCACAGGCCAGCAGGUUGAUUAUGCAGUAAUUGCUUCACAGGCGGGUGCGACGCUCAACAAUCUGCUGAGCCAUGCUCAAGAGCUGGUAGCCAAACUACGCUCCCUACAGCUGGACCAAAGGGAGUUUGUUUGCCUCAAGUUCUUGGUUCUGUUCAGUCUCGACGUGAAGAACUUAGAGAACUUCCACCUGGUGGAAAGCGUUCAGGAGCAGGUCAACGCAGCACUGCUGGACUAUGUGAUGUGCAACUAUCCUCAGCAGACUGACAAGUUUGGCCAGCUGCUCCUUCGACUGCCGGAGAUCCGAGCCAUCAGCCUGCAAGCCGAGGAGUAUCUUUAUUACAAACACCUGAAUGGCGACGUGCCCUGCAAUAACCUACUCAUUGAAAUGCUGCACGCAAAAAGAGCUUAACAACCGGACAGUCCUGAUUCUUUCGACAACUGCAAGGACGUUUGUAAAAACUCAUCGACUCAUGUUCUUUUCUCUUUUUUUUCCAAACCCAAACCUCCAGCUUGUCUACGAAGAUAAUAAAUUCGGGAAGCUUAAAGUGUCAGAAACUCUUAUUUAUACUGAGCUCAUUAUGAACUUGAACACUUGGAGACUCACGUUGUGCGUAAACAAACAGCAUUUAGAUUGCUUUAUUGUAAAAAUUCAAAUCAAGAUAAAAAAGACUGCAAGAAGACUGUUCUCUUCAACUGAACUGCAGAAAAAAAGAAUUUUGAAGGGCAACACAGAAAAAAAAACACUUGAAACAAACUCCAUGUUUGACACUAUAUGAUGAUUUCUGCUCGAGCAGGACCAUAAGACUUUAGGGUUACAAGUUAAAGCCUUCUGAAAAUAAUAAAAUGUGGAUUUGUGCUGAGAAAAGGAAGCCGAAUAACACUGCCCUUCUUUCAGACAGCUCUGUAGCAACAGCUUAACGUUCCUCCUGCGUGUUCUCCCACUGAAACUGGGCUUCAGCUGUUGUUGGUACUGUAAAGUCAAACUGACACGCAGCCAGCCAAGCAAGUGACUCUAUUUUCUGAUCGCCCAUAUGACACCUGGGCUUGACCCAACAAACAAGGUAAAAUAAAUGGGUGGACAAUAGGAUCGGUCAUUGAUGAACAAAAAACUAAAGGGUGAAAUGUUUCUGUCUUUUUCCAGACAUUUGCUAUUCAUGGUCGCCUUGUUGACCCCUCAUCUUGUUCAUCAUUCUAAGAAUAAUCUUUUGUUAUUUACCUCAAAAAGAACAGUGUUAGAUAAGCCCUGUGAAUAAAGUCACCAUAAAGAAUUACGUGCAUACUCCCACUUUUUUCUGCAGUUAACACUCUCUUUUUAAUAUUUUACCAAACUUGGAACAAAACAAGUCAUGAUUCCACAGAUGGAGAUGGAACAAUCCUGCCUUCCUCCAAAAAGACCAAAGCCCACCGUAGAAGAGGGAAGGAAAUGACUAACACCUUAAUAAUCAGUGUUACAAUGCGGAAAAGAAAAAAAAAAAUUGUGAUGUCACAGUUAUGUGAGUCUUGCCUUAUUUCAUUACCAUGCUAGCUAACCGUGCAGAUGUGAAUGAAAAUAUGUACAAAUAUAUAAAUAUAUAUAUAAAGUAUUCAUGUUGUAAAAAAAAUAAAAAAGACUAAUUCAACAGGUGUUUACAUUCAUGUUGU